UACUUUGCAUCUUUCAUCUAAACCAUUAAUCAUGUCUAACGACAAGAAGAUCAUUGCUGUUCUCGGAAGCACUGGAGUCCAAGGAGGCAGCGUCGUUCGUUCUCUUCUCGCCGACGGAACCUUUGCCGUCCGAGGACUUACUCGCAACGUAAAUGGAGAGGCAGCCACAAAGCUCAAAGAGGCCGGAGCCCAAGUCGUCUUUGCAGAUUUGGAGGAUGUCGAGUCGCUUAAAAAGGCUUUUAAGGGCGUAUAUGGCGUGUUCGGUGUUACUGUUUGGGCUCUGUAUCUUGGUGUCGACAAGUUCGAUCAGGAUAAAUCUCGCGAUCAUGAGACUCAACAUGGGAAGAAUAUCGUUGAUGCUGUCGAGUCAGAAGGGAUCAAACAUCUGGUCUGGAGCACGCUGGAACCUACCGAGAGCUCUGAUUUGCACGUAUAUCACUUCGAGAGCAAAGCCAAUGUGGAUAAAUACAUUGCGGCGAGGAAGGUUCCCGCCACACUCCUAUUCACGAGUGUCUUCUUCAGCAAUCUAACCAGGAUCCCUGGGUGGUUGAAAAAGGAAGGAGAUACCGUCAAAGUCGAAAUCCCAAUUCCUCACGACGUACCUAUCCCUUGGUACGAUGCACGAGGGACAGGAGAUUGGGUCGUGCCCAUCUUAAAAAACCCAGACAAAUGGAUUGGCAAGAGGGUGGAUGCUUAUGGAAGUUCCAACACACCAGAGCAAGUCGCGGAAGUUUUGAAAAAGAAGACGACAGGGAAAAAUAUCGUUCUGACCAAGUUCACCGAUGAGCAGUUCCACUCUGCAGAGUUUCGUAAAACGCCGAUCGGCGCUGAGCUCUGGUUGAACAUGAAGUUCGUUGCCGUUGGAGGAUUGAUUCGAGACCCGGAACUCUCAAAGCAAGUCAACCCAAAUGCUUUUGACCUCGAGCAAUUCGUCGAGAAGGACGAAGCCCUCAAAGCCUUCCUUUCUUCGUAAGCUCGGCCGGAUUGCAU